CUUGCAAACUAUAUCGGGAGUGGUAAAUCUCCGGGAGGUACCAAAUGUGAAGUUGUUUUGGACGCGGUAUCUUACCGUGGAGGCAAAUCAGCAACAUACACACAUCAAGUAAGCGCGCGUGCUACCUAGGUGCCGGAAUCAGAUCCAAUAGAUGAAGUACCAAAGCCUGCGUUGCUGCAAGUCUGCAAUCAGGCAGUGCCGAUCCUGGAACUGGGAAUUGCCGAACACCCCAGAAGUGACCGCUGAGAUGGGCUUUCCCUCCAAGACAAAGCCGGGCUCAUUCGUUGGCUCCUCUGCAGAGCUAUCUCGGGAUCAGGAUCGCGACGGUUCCAUGUCGAUCUCAACUCAACUCAACUCAACACCAGCAGACCUCCUCUCAAAUCCAUCCAACUCAGACCGAGCAGAGAUUUCAAAGAAACUCCUUGCUCUUGGGAGCGCAUCUCUAUCUACUUUUUCGAAUCCUGCCACCGACUACGACGCCUUUCAACCCCCAACCUUACCAUCUACUCAUGUCGAGGAAGAUGUUGAAUUACAGGAAGACGAAGAAAUCAUACAGGGCUUGAACUCUACCUCUGCCCACCAACUACAGUAUGCCAGCGUGGCGAAACUCAACCGAGCUGCCCAGCGGGCCUUUGGGUCGUCCGUUCAUCAUCUGAAUUAUGAUUUCCUGGAAGAUCAGGGUCCCCGACGCAAGAAAUGCAUAUUGACAAUAACCAAGCCUGACGGUCAGAAGAGGAUAUACACUACUGAACCCGUGUUCGCCCGUAAAGGAGAGGCGAAAGCGAAAGUAGCGACCAUCGCUAUUCAACAUGAUGCUUUGCUCUUUAUUGCGGGCGGGGAUCCCGGUACCAACUCACUGCACAAUCUCCGCCUAGUCAACGCCCCGGACAAAGAACGAGGGAAGAAACACACUGAUCCCGCAGCCGCCGCCGCAGUGGAUGGCAGUAGUGGAUUAGUGGUUCCUGCUGUCGACGAAAUAGACAAAUGCUGUAAGGAGUGGCGUGCCGACCACGUUCGACCUGACUUCGUUAGAACUACAGAUCCAAAGACGGGACUUCAUGGUUGCGCACUUCGCAUCGCUCUUACCCCACAUCUGAAGAAAGUGUUUUCUGUCCGGACGGCGCAUCAGGACGAUGAAGAUGCGAAAGCUGCGGUUGCAAAAGAAGCCGUUGCCCAAGGCAUCCUCGAAUUCAUCAAACACGGGGAUGGGCAACAAGAACCUAUGCCAUCAGCGGCAGAAUAUGCUCCUCCCGAAUACCUUAUGGAGGGACCGGAUGAUCCAUCCUUUCCGGCAACUCGCCAAGCCUCCGACAGGGUCGCAAAGGAAAACGAAAUGACCAAGAUCCAAACGAUCAACACAUUUUGGGACGCCCUUCCCAAACCGCUCCCGGCCCCUGGUGUGGGUGUCGGCUCUGGGGAUUUGGUGGACCCGAAGUCAUGGGUCAAUCAGAUGCUGCAACAGAACAAAGGCUGCCAGCUGACAUUGACUUUCUCAUGGUCAAUGCAUCCACGAUCUGGUUUGCAUGGCUGCGUUUUGCGUCUAGAUCACCCUUCUUUGCCUUCUAGGUCCUACAUGGUCGAUGCAGUGUUUUCCAAAAGACAAGAAGCGAAGACUGCUGUUUGCCUCCAGGCUAUAUCCGAAGAUGUCGGGGAAUAUAUUCGCUCGACAGGGAUCAAGUACAAUGAGAGUUUGACGAAAGAUAUGAAAGAACAAGCAACAAAGCUAUAUACUGUCAUUACACAGGAUUUAUCUCGUACAAAACCAAGUCAGAGAGCAGAAUGGGAGUUCAUCUGCGAGAAUCAAGUCUUCGGUUGCAACCUCACGGUACCAAUACCAAUGGAGAAUGGCGUCUCCAAACGAACUUAUAGGACAAAAAUGGAAUACCGAAGUCGCGGAGACGCGAAGGCAGCCGUCGCCCUCAUGGCCGUCAAUCAAGGUGUGCUAGAGUUGAUCCGUUUUCGCGGCAAGUCGCCGCCGGCGGACUACAAUAGAGACACGUUUGAUUGGAGGGUCCAUAUGACGAAGAAGGCUGCCGAGGCUGUGGAGGCCAAGAGAGCGGCUGAUGCUGCUGCAAGGGUAAUCGCCGAAGAAAAGAAGCGACAAGCUAUUGCAGAACGACAAGCGGCUUUGGAGGAACUCAGAAGGCAAAAUCUUGAACUUGAGGCGAAGCAGAAGAUGCUGCAGAAGCGAAAGCGUGAACUUGAGGACGUGGCUCUUGAGUCCUUGGAGCAUCAAAAACCACCUUUGUCUGAUGCUGGGGUUGUUGAUGGUCACGGCGGUGAGAACCCGUUCAAACGACCGAGGCAGAACUUUGAUUCAAGCCGUAUGAGCGUGGACCCCGAGUUUCGGGGGCGUAUUCCCCCUCAAUAUCCUGCUUCCUGGAAGGGAAAGUUUGCUCAAGCGCAGUCUUCGCAACCUGUGCUUGGUCGGCAUCAGCGCCUUGGAUUUGACCCUCAAGCAAUGCGUCGUGGUCUAGACGAUCCAUAUGGGCCCACGCCGUAUAGUCGUCCUUCAGAUCGCGACGUAUCGCAGGAAGGUUAUGCAUGGACACCUGACCAGCACAUUCCCAGAGGACCUAGUAGCCAACGUCUGGCUCGUCCUCAGUUUCCCUACCGCGGCGGUGGAAGGUUUCAAAACUGGGGUGUAAAGGGUAGGGAUGAAUUGGGUCGUGAUUUUAAUCGGUCUGCUGUGCAUCCCAUGAUUGCAGAGUCGCGUUCGAACCCGGCCACGGUGUCUCUUAUGAAGAACCAUCAUACCUUUGUUAACCCUGGCCUGGAGAGACGGCAGCCCAAUCACCCUCCGUAUCAAAACCACUUCGCCCCUAUGUCCGGCUUCGCGAAGCAUCCGUAUCAUUCUCAACCAAAACUCCAGCGCACACUUCAGCCUUCUGGUGCCGAGCGUCCCCUUUCAGAGCAGGAGAUUCUCGAUGAACUCUAUGCUGCAUAUCCUCCUCCCCCACAUGAGCCUUCUCAGCAUUCCAACGUCCCAGAUCAGGGUCCCAGGACAUACCUCGAUCUCGACGCAGCACCCAGUGGCGAUUCUUAUCAUGAUGAUUCUUUGUAUGGAAGUCCGGGCUCUACUUCCAACCAUAAUAACAGAUUCAAAAGCGGUGUCGUAUCUGCCGCUGGGUCUUCGAGCUUAGAUGCAAACCCUACAGCCUACGCGAGCGAUCGCACUCGUGCACAUCUGGGAGCAUUUGAGUUUGAUGAUGACUCUAUUCCGUUCUCCUCCUCUGCAGGGCCCCCUAUGGAGGCGGUGCAGGAACCUAGUGUAACUUCUGUUACUGUCCAAGUAGAUGUUUCUGAGUCCACCCAGCCCAGUGACAAAUCUUAUCUGAAGCAGCUCUUCGAAUUGUGUAAGGAAGCUGGUAAACCUCGACCCGUGUUCCACUCUAAUGCGGUGAACACCGGAAGAAGUGUUGAGUACAGUAUCUGGAUCGUGAUGGGGAAAGAGAGGCUCGAGUUACCCGUAACGUUCCCUGACCUCAAAACUGGCCAGGAAAAACUCAGCAAGCAGGUCGUAGCGCAUCUUCACAGGACUCUGAAGAAAGAUGUAUGAUUCGGUCGCAUUUAAUUUUUUUUUCCAUCUUUGAGGCUCAUCCCACUUCAAU